AUGGCGACUCUCUAUAAGCGAUACAUUCCGCCGAAGAAGCCAGUGGUCGCAGAGUCGCCUGCAUCAACACUCGCAGUACCCAAGGCUCAGCCAGCGCCAGUCACCGAACAAAAGCGAAAGCGAGAAAGGACGGAGGAAGAGGUCGCCGAGCGCAAAGCGAAGAAGUUGAAGAAGAAGGGCAUUGAUCCUGCUACUGUUACUGUGCCGAAGAAGGUAGAGCCGGAACUUUCGGCAGAACAGGUGGAAGAUGUUGUUCCCGAACCAUCAAACGAAGCAGAGCCGGAGGUAGAUGUCCAAGACGAUGCAGGACCACAGCCUCAGGGCGAGUUUGCGCAUAUCAAGAAUGCGAAGAAGCGGCAUAAGCUAGAGAAGGAGGCAAGAGCGGCUCGCAAGGCUGCCCAGAAAGCUGGUGUGGAUAUUGGGACAGAAGCGACCACUGUCGAGGCUUCCCAAGGAGUACAUGAAUCGACAGCGACAACGGAGCCGGAGCAGGGCGAAUCGACCGUGAAGCAAGAUAGGAAGAAACCGCGAAAAAGAGGGCCCGAAGAACAAACGAGAGAUGUUGCAGACGCUACACAGGAUGAGGAGGUCGGCACUCAGGGACAGUAUAUGGAUGUGGAUGUGUCUUCAAAAGGGAUAAAUGUUGUAGGCGACGACCAGGAGGCCAUAGAUGGAACAGAGCCGGUACCCGUAAGCCAGGCUCACGAUGUGGCUAAACCUAAGAAGCGAGGGCAUAAGCUGGAGAAUGUUCUGGCAGGAGUGCAGAAAGAGGACGCCGAGGAGGAAGAGGAUGAACACCUCACGAAGCACGCUUCAGUGAUCAGCAAGUUCCAGAAAUCGGCAAAGCGAUCCAUGUCUUUGCACGAAGAGGAGAGCUUCGAAAAGCUACCGGCUCCACCCGUCGUACGAGAUCUGGAGCUUCCUGCCCCAGAACGAACGCCGACGCCUGAGUUUCAGAACGAGAAUGAGGCUUUGCCGGAGUGGCUUGCGAAGCCGACAAUCGUGCCCUCAGAUACCAAGGCUACCUUCAGAGACAUAGGCCUGCGGUCUGAGGUUUGCGAUCGAUUGACCAAGCUCACAUUCGACGAGGCACUACCGGUCCAGCAAACGCUGCUUCCCAUACUCCUUCAGCCCGGCACCCCUGGAUCGACGUUCCCUCCAGCAACCGAAGAUAUAGUGCCUGACGUUGCUGUCAGUGCACCCACCGGUAGCGGUAAGACUAUCGCGUAUCUUCUACCCAUCAUCGAAGCACUGCGAGAGUUGCAUACACCUGGCGAACUUGGCGCAUUGAUCAUUGUCCCGACCAGAGAGCUUGUCAUGCAAGUCGCGGCCGUGGCCGAGAGCCUCGCCAAAGGUAGUGACAUCCGCAUUGGUAUGUCGGGGUCCACCGGCACGUUCAGAGACGAGCAAGGCAAGAUCAUCAGUCAUGGGCGGAGAUAUGACCCUGCAGGGUACAAGACUCUCGUUGCGAAAGCAACAGCCCAACUAUAUCCGGCUGAUGACGAGGCUGAAGUGGAUACAGAUGGCUAUAUUGGUGCCAAAGAGCAGCAACGGAUAGAUGACGCCGUUGCUGGCCUUGUGCAGCAUGUACCCGCUUACACCUCAGCAGUAGACAUCCUCGUCGCCACUCCAGGACGUCUCCUCGAGCACAUCAACAACACCAUUGGCUUCAGCUUGGUACAUCUCAAGUGGCUCGUGAUCGAUGAAGCUGACAAGCUUUUGGAUAAUCAGUACGAAGGAUUUCUCGAGUCACUGAACGCUGAGCUGGAGCGUCCGAGAACGGUCGAGGAGCAAGAUGCACGCGAGCGCUACCUACGUCAAAAAGGACGCUGGGAAGAGUGGAGAGAACGCAAGAUACGCAAAGUUAUACUUUCAGCUACCAUGACCAAGGACAUCUCGAAGCUUACUACGCUCAAGCUACGGCGGCCGCAGAUGGUGAUCGUUCGAGGCACUGAGGGCGAGCAGCAAGUGAUUGCGGGUGCCGAAGCAACAGAAGAAGACGGCGUGAAGCAGACAGCAGAUGGAUUUGAGCUGCCGCGAACGCUAGUUGAGUACAGCAUACCAGUUGGUGACGGCGCCGAGAAGCCACUGGUCGCAUUCGAGCUUCUACGAACACGCAUACUGCGGGAGAGUGAUAGCAAACAGUCGAAUGAGAGCGACUCAGACGCUGAGCCGGACUCCGACGACAGUUCAGAGGUCUCCUCAGACAGCGAAAGUGACAGCGAGAGUGAUUCGGACGUCCGCGAUAGUAGCUCGAGCGAAGACGAGAUCGACACAGCACUCAUGGAUCCCAGUCGGAAGCGAGAACUUGCCAACGCCGCAACACAAAGUAAGAUGAAAGCUCAUCAAGCAGCGAGGACAUCAGAAACGGAUGUACCCACUGUCCUCAUCUUCACGUCCCGCAACGAGUCUGCCACACGUCUUUCUCACCUCCUGAAAGGCAUCCAACCUUCCUGGUCACGCUACAUCACAACCCUUGUCAAGACAACCAAGCCACGCAUUGCAUCAAAGAAGUCCGAACCAGCAAUCAUUGUCUCUACAGAUCGCGCCGCUCGCGGUCUAGAUAGCAUCGCUGGCCGUCCAAUCACGCAUGUCGUGCAAUACGAUGUACCGCGAAGUGUUGAAAGCUAUGUGCACCACGUUGGUCGUACUGCCAGAGCUGGACGAACUGGUCAGGCAUGGACGCUGGUCACGAGAGCUGAAGGGAAGUGGUUCAACGAGACGAUUUCGGGUGUCAAGGUCAAUGGCAUCAGAAGGAGGAUGUUAGUGGAGCAGGUGAAGAUGAGGAUGCAGGAUGAUGACAUUAGGCAGAGGUACGAGGAAGUACUGGAGGGCAUGAAGGAGGAGGUAUAUGGCGGAAAGUAG